CGACCUGGCCGCAACACGUUAGGCUGAGUCGCGGUUAUAUAGACCGGCGACGGAGCACGCGUGUGUGCGGACGCAGUUGCGUGAGGUGGUUUUGCCUUCUGCCGUACUGUGGAGCAAAGCUUGUUCCUCUCCCGCUCAGCCGCGCAGGUUGAAUUGACCAAAGCAAUGGUUAUGGAGAAGCCUAGUCCCCUGCUGGUCGGGCGGGAAUUUGUGAGACAGUAUUACACGCUGCUGAACCAGGCCCCAGACAUGCUACACAGAUUUUAUGGAAAGAACUCUUCUUAUGUCCAUGGGGGGUUGGAUUCAAAUGGAAAGCCAGCAGAUGCGGUCUAUGGACAGAAAGAGAUCCAUAGGAAAGUGAUGUCACAAAACUUUACCAAUUGUCACACUAAGAUUCGCCAUGUUGAUGCUCAUGCCACUCUGAAUGAUGGUGUAGUGGUCCAGGUGAUGGGGUUGCUCUCUAAUAACAACCAGGCUUUGAGGAGAUUCAUGCAGACAUUUGUCCUUGCUCCUGAGGGCUCUGUUGCAAAUAAGUUCUACGUUCACAAUGAUAUCUUCAGAUACCAAGAUGAGGUCUUUGGUGGCUUUGUCACUGAGCCUCAGGAGGAAUCUGAGGAAGAGGUAGAGGAACCUGAAGAAAGACAGCAGACACCUGAGGUGGUACCUGAUGAUUCUGGAACUUUCUAUGAUCAGACUGUCAGCAAUGACUUAGAAGAACAUUUAGAGGAACCUGUUGCUGAACCGGAGCCAGAUCCUGAACCAGAACCAGAGCAAGAACCUGUAUCUGAAAUCCAAGAGGAAAAGUCUGAGCCAGUAUUGGAAGAAACUGCCCCUGAGGAUGCUCAGAAGAGUUCUUCCCCAGCACCUACGGACAUAGCUCAGACAGUACAGGAAGACUUGAGGACAUUUUCUUGGGCAUCUGUGACCAGUAAGAACCUUCCACCCAGUGGAGCUGUUCCAGUUACUGGGAUACCACCUCAUGUUGUUAAAGUACCAGCUUCACAGCCUCGUCCGGAGUCUAAGCCUGAGUCUCAGAUUCCACCGCAGAGGCCUCAGAGAGAUCAAAGAGUGCGAGAGCAACGAAUAAGUAUUCCUCCCCAGAGGGGACCUAGACCAAUCCGUGAGGCUGGUGAGCAAGGUGAUGUUGAACCCCGAAGAAUUGUGAGACACCCUGAUAGUCACCAACUUUUCAUUGGCAAUCUGCCACACGAAGUGGACAAAUCGGAGCUUAAAGAUUUUUUUCAAAGUUAUGGGAAUGUGGUGGAGCUACGCAUUAACAGUGGCGGGAAAUUACCCAAUUUUGGUUUUGUUGUGUUUGAUGAUUCUGAGCCUGUUCAGAAGGUCCUUAGCAACCGGCCCAUCAUGUUCAGAGGUGAGGUCCGUCUGAAUGUGGAAGAGAAGAAGACCCGAGCUGCCCGGGAAGGGGACCGUCGAGAUAACCGCCUGCGGGGACCUGGAGGCCCUCGAGGUGGGCUGGGUGGUGGAAUGAGAGGCCCUCCCCGUGGAGGCAUGGUGCAGAAACCAGGAUUUGGAGUGGGAAGGGGAAUUGCUCCAAGGCAGUGAAUUGCUCUUCAGUUGAUCUUCACGCAGCAGUACAAAUCUCCUAGCUCCUGCAGAAUGGUGAAUUUCUUACACCAGCGUUUGGUAUCCUGGAGUUUGACCCUAGUUUAUUAUAAACUGCUUAAGUUUGUACAAUUUUACUUUUUGUGUUAAUUAUGUGUGCUCCCUUUCCCGCCCUUCCCUCUCCUCACCUUUUAGUCCUUCACUUCCAAUUUUGUGGAAUGAUAUUUUAGGAAAAACAGAUUUUUAAAGAAGAGAAAAAGACUGAAUUUCCUUGCUUUACUUUUGCAUAUACAGACUGGAUUUUUUUUAACAGCCGUUUCCCCAAAGGAAUGUGUCUUGCUUAUUACUGACAUUUGGUAUGUUUCAUUCAUUGGAAUAUUUCUUAUUUUCUAUGUGUUUCAAAAACCUGUGAUAAACACAGGAUUUGAUAAACAUUUUGAAGGCAGGAAAAAUCCAAAUUGUUUCUUCUUUGAGAGUCAUGACUACCUUCUGGUGUGUAGAAAUUGCCAUUGGAAAAAUUGACAGUUUGAUUCUUGCUGGUAUGGUUAAAAUAAAAGGUGUUAGUAGAGUUUUUUUUUUUUUUUCUUUUGAUAUGUGAUCACAAAACAAUUAUAAACCUGUUUUUACCAUUUAAAUUGUGAGAAAGGUUUUAAUGUCUAGAAUGCAACUGAUCUAGAUUUCUUUUGAAGUAGUUUUUUCAUGUUUAAUUUGUAUUUGUAAAAAAAACAAAACCCAAAAACAAAGAAACCCCAAAAUCCAAAUAACACAAAACCAGAGCAAAACUUUUGUGCCUUCUAUUUAUCUUUGAUUCCAGCCUUGGCAGUUGUUUAAAGAAAAAAAAAAAAGUCUAGAUUUGUUUUAUCAGGUGUAGAGUAUGUUGGGAAUUGAAGAAUCCCUCUUUUACCUGGUAUGUCUUCUGUUCAUUUGUUACGCCUUAUUCUUAAAAUUGAGUCUCAAACUGGAAUGCCUUUAAGGACAGAUACACUUCUAUGAGAGGUCCUUUGACCUAAGUAGUCCAGCAUUUGUAUUAAGUUUUAUUUCGGUAAAUAUUCAGAAUCCUAAUCAUAGCCCAUAAAAAGGAAUAUGACUUUAAUAUUGGACUUUGUGCUUGAGUGUCUGCCCGUUUUUUUUUUUUUUUUCCUUUAAAUCAUAGCCAUAUGGUAAAUUUUCUAUUUUGUUAUGGUUCUCUUUUAUUGAUGGGCAUGCAGUGGGUGUUUCUUGGAAAUGGCCAAUUUUUAUUAAAAUAUUUCUGGAAGAAAAUUUAAUCUGGCAGUAUAGACUAAUAUUCGUUUUACAUAGUAUGUUAAUUUUUUGAGUGCCGUGUGUGAGAUGGCUGAAGGUUUUGUUUACACAUUUGUGAAGCAAACCUUUGUGUGAUAAGUUGUCAUACUAAUUGAAGGGCAACGAGGUUGUCAAAUUUAACUUAUUUAUUUUCUUAACAGUGUUCAUCAUUAGGACUGUUUGAGGAUAGUAUAUGAGUAGGAAUAGGAAUGUUUGUUUUGCUGUUACUGGGAAACUCAAGGAUUGCUGAAGGGUGUAGUCUUAAAAUGAAGUUCGAUAUUAUUGGUCCUCAGUACCUGAAAUAUUUGAAAAUUGGCAACAUCUCCUUCAUAAAGAUAUGUAACUGAGUCGCAUGGCUGUUUUUGGGUCAGCUUAAAUAACUAUUUGGUAACCACUUCAUUUGGCCCAGGCCAGCGAUAAUUGGAAGACAUUCAACUUGUACUUUUGUAGCUUAUAUUAAGCCUGUGGUGGAAAUAAAAAAACUUAGCUGGAGUUGUUUUUGAAAAAAAAUAUUAAGUUGUAGUAACUGUAAGGUCAUAAAUUAUGGAUAACCUAGAAAUCAUUUUUCACAAGUAAAUGUUAAUCCAUACAUUUCACUAGGCAUUUUUCCUACUCAGUAGUUUAAGGGCACCAGCUGGAUGCCGUGAUUCUCAACCCGGGCUGUUAAUACAUCCUAGAGGACAUUUGGAAAUGGGUGAGACUUGGGGAGGAGGGAAGAGGAGACACCACAUCUGGUAUUUAGUGGGUAGGGCCAACAAUGUCAUAUGGUCUAUAAAAAUAAAGCAAACGCCAUUGAGAUCAUAUUCCUCAUUCCCUAUAAUACAUGGAAGAUGGAGGGGAGGGGUGGGUGAGGACAACUGGAGUAAAGACUCAAUCCUUUGAAAAAUAGCCUCAGAUAAAUGAAUUAGCAAAUAGAAAUCUCUUUCAGGAAUUAAUAGUAACAUCUACUGCAGGGACUUUAUUUGUACCCAUGUGUGAUUUUUAUUUUAUUUUAUUUUAUUUUAUUUAUUUGAGAGAGAAUGAGUGAGAGAAGGUGCGCACAUGAGAGAGGGGAGGGUCAGAGGGAGAAGCAGACUCCCUGCUCAGCAGGGAGCCGGAUGCGGGACUCAAUCCCAGGACUUCAGGAUCAUGAUCUGAGCCGAAGGCAGUCGCUUAACCAACUGAGCCACCCAGGUGUCCCCCCAUGUGUGAUUUUUAAAGAACUAUUUGGAGAGGUAGUAACAAUAUGCUAGAUGCUUCUUGUAACUUGUUGCAUAAGCUUAGAAAACAAAAGGGUUGCUUCAGUAAUUUCAGGUGAUCAGAAUGGGAUGAUUAUGGAGUUUGAAAUAGCAUUGGACUUUAUAUGUCAGAUUUGGCAUCAUGGUUAACACUAUGAAGAAUCCCAGUAUCAUUAUUUACGUUACUGCUGUUAGAAUAAACAUGACACCCUAGAUAGUAUAUAUUCACACAGGUAGAAAGUGAAAAUAGGUUAGGGCAAGAUUUUCUGUAGGCAGCAUAAGGUCAUCACAUUCAACCUUUUCGGGUUUUAAAAUGCAACUUUUCAUCUGUAAGAAUGGCCCAAUAUACAGUUCUUUUCUCCUGAGCUUUAAACCCUUCACCCAUGAGUAUUUUAGCUAAGUAAGAUUAGUUUGGUUCAAUGGGUCUUCCUCUUUUAAGAUCUUGGGCCUUACAAAAAUACAUUGUGUUCUUUUGUGGUGAGGCUGGGCUUUACUUGUGUAUUCCUAUGUUUUCAACUUUUUGAGCUAUUGCGGGAAGUAGUGAAAUGGGUAAUCCAAAAAUCGUUAAUUGGCUUUGGGUGGUGGGUAGGUUACUAGCACAGUAUUGGUUGAACUGCACUUUGGUUUUAGGCUAGAAAACUAAUUUUCACAAUUACCCUGUGGAUUAGGUGCUAUUUUUCCCAAAGUAAUAGAUGAAGAAGAAAUUGCAUCAGAGCAGUUAAAUUUUAGGUCUCUAAGUCAUCCAUGUAGUAAGAGCAGAUUGGCUUCCAAAAUUGAUGCUUUUUCUCUAGAGCUCUAAUGCCUACGUAUUUACAUUUGAGUGAUACGCUGAAAAAUAGGACAUGACCGUAGUAAGUUACUACAGUACAGAGACCUGAGCCUGUAAAACAUUCAGAGAAAGGUUAACAUUACUCUUCUCCAUUUCCUUUAAGGUAAACAAGAUAAGCAAACACUGAUUUUACAGGGCUCCUUUUGAUUUGUAUAGACUGUGGUAACACAGUAACAAUGACUUGUUCUUAGGUUAUUUUCUCAUCUGGUUUUUUAAUACAUGUAGUACAACCUUGAAAUCUGGAUGUAGAAGGUAACAAUAUUUUUAUAAUACUUAAAGCAGGUGGGUUUAUAGCAGUUGUGUUUUCUGCUUAUAACUACCAUCCUUUGAUACUUUUCUUCAUCCCUUUAUUUGAAAACCCUUGUAGAGUUUAAUAAUUUAGUCGGAAACGUGGCACUUUAUAGAAAACAAUUUGUUAGAAUCUAUAUGGAAAUCUUUAUGAGGUUUAAAUUUAUAGACCAUUGUUUAUGCUGAGUGGCUUAUUCCUUUUAAGUAAAUGGUUGCAUUUGUCAAAUCUACUGAUCUAAAGAUAACUUAUUGAAGUUUUAUUUUCGUGCUACUUAAAAGAAUCUCUGCAGGAACUGCAUACAAAUGAGAUGAUUGACCCUUUUGUUCAGCAGUUUUAAACCUUGUUAAAAAAAAAUAACUUCAACAUUUAUUUGAAUAUGGGAUUUUAGAUAACCGCUUGCCAUACCACAGAUGGGCAGUGGACAAUUAGACGUAGUCUUCCACAAAUGUUUUAGAAAUCUUAAAGAAUGUGUUAGAAACUUAGCAACAUUUUGUGUGGGAAGUUGCUGAUCAAGUAAUCGCCAUGUGGCAGUAGAUCAGUAAAGAUUUCUGGUUUUAAGGUAGUAAUACCUUUUGGGAUUUGUAUUUGUUUACUGUGAUGUUGAGGUUCUGGGGACCAUAGGUAGGCUUGUGAACUCUUAGGAGACUAUAUUAAAGGAGAAAUGGUAGCACAUGUGAGAUAAAACUUAUUUACUUCUUAGUGGAUAUGUAGCUAGCUCAGGAUAAUGCUGAAAUUAGUCUGCUUUGCUCAUGCUUUCAUAAAACAGUCUCAUUAUGGCCUGAAUGAGUAAAAAGUUGAUUAG